ACGGCAUAUUCGAAAUCAGUUAACCACCGUUCCACCAGAAAUAUUUCCGCGUUGCGCCAGCUGUCAGCUCGCCGGUUUUCUGGUUCCGUACGCGCCGGCCCACCGGCCGGUCCGGUGGUCCCGUUAAAAUCUACUCACUACCCAGUGCCUUGCGCAGAGAAAGGAACGAACAGUGAGUCGAUAACUAUAAAACGAGAACGACGAUUCGCGUUCUGAUCUGCAUUCUCUCUGCUUAAAGGAAAACUUAAUUUGAAUUUGUUGUGAUAAAGUCUCUGGAGAUCGAUUUCGCGAAGAACAUUGUUAUUUUACGAGCGUUUGAUGAGCAAUGACGACGAUCGGUGUAGGGGAUGAAUGUGACUCGGCGGUGAAGGAAGCUGAGCCGAAGGAAGAGUUGCAGAGGGCGGUGACCAAAGCUGAGUCGAAGGAAAAGUCGCAAAAGAAGGUGACGAUAGUUGAGCCGAAGGAAGAGUUGCAGAGCGCGGUGAAGAAAGCUGAGUCGAAGGAAAAGUCGCAAAAGAAGGUGACAAUAGUUGAGCCGAAGGAAGAGUUGCAGAGGGCGGUGACGAAAGCUGAGUCGAAGGAAAAGUCGCAAAAGAAGGUGACGAUAGUUGAGCCGAAGGAAGACUUGCAGAGUGCGGUGACGAAAUCUGAGCCGAAGGAAGAGUUGCAGAAGGCGGUGACGGAAGCUGAGCCGAAGGAAGAGUCGCAAAGGACGGUGACUAUAGUUGAGUCGAAGGAAGAGUUGCAGAGGUCGGUGAAGGAAGCUGAGUUGAAGGCCGAGUUGCAGAGGGCGGUGAAAGAGAUAAUUAGCUCGAUUGACAUCAAUGUCGCGGCCAUUGAUAGAGCCGAACGAGCGCUGCGCUCUCUGAGGACACUGAUUGAAAAGAAACGUCUAUCGUCAGUCGUGAUUUCUGCACCAGAUGAAUUUCGUUGCUAUCUUUCCAAAAAAAUCAUGAAGCAUCCUGUUCUUAUUGCCAAUGGUCAGACAUAUGAAAGGUCAUUCAUUCAGGAGUGGUUUAAAUCUGAGAAAAAAACAUGCCCCAGAACCCAACAGGAGCUUUCGCAUACGGACCUUAUACCUAAUCUUCUGGUUCAAGAAAUGAUAUCUGACUGGUGCAAGAGUAACAGCAUUCAUUUGCAAGACAAGGUAGAACUGCAAGGAAUGACUGAGGCUGACAGAAACAAUCUUCACUCUUUGCUUCAGAGAAUUUCUUCAGGAUUGUCUGCUCAAAGAGAUGCUGCUAAAGAAUUGCGCAUGCUGACUAGAAGUAUGCAUCCUUUCCGGGCAUUGUUUGGGGAGUCUGAGAAUUUAAUCCCCCAACUUAUUUCCCCUCUGUGUGAAACCAUAAUACAAGAAGAACUCCAAGAAGACAUAAUCACUACCCUUUUCAAUAUCUCACUCCAUGAUGACAACAAGAAGCUAAUUGCAGAAAC